CCUGCUCCCAGACCUCAGUGUGGGUCACCGAGGUUGGGUGUUGCCACUUCACGGUCUGCUGGUGACACCAACAAUCCUAGUCUAGGUCCCUGGACUGAAAAGCCCCCCAUACGCCACAAUGGAUCAGCUGAAGCACCGCACGGCGGGGGUCCAGGAGAAGCUGGAGAUUGUGGGCGUGGAGGACGAGGCCGGGAACCCGAUCAGCGCCCUGACCAUCCUGUCUCUGCUGGAGCGCGUGGCCGGCAUCAUCGACAACGUCCAGUCCAGCCAGCAGCGCAUGGAGGAGCGGCAGCAGGAGCUGGAGAACAACAUCAAGACGGUCCAGGGCGACGUGCUGAAGCUGGCCAAAGACCACGGCGACACCAGCGUCACGGUGGACAAGCUCCUGCAGAAGACACGCAAAGUCAGCGCCAACGUCAAGGAGGUCCGCACCCGCGUGGAGAAGCAGAACGUCCGGGUCAAGAAGGUGGAGUCGACGCAGGAUGAGCUGCUCACCCGCAACAAGUUCAGGGUCGUCAUCUACCAGGGGGAGACGGAGGUCCCGUCCGUGGCCGUCACCAAAGGGCCCCAAGGACCCGGACUGGAGGGUUUGAACAUUGAGCCAGAUUUCUACGACGUCCCUGUAGACCUCUCCUCUGAUGAAGAGGGUCUGGGCGAGGAGGAUCCAGACCCCUCACGAGCAACUCGCCUCAAGAAGUCCAUGGUGAAGAGCACGGAGACCCUGAAGGCCGCCUUCUCCAAGGAGAACAUGAGCAAAACCAAAGACACCCUGGGCUCCAAGCUGCACAACCUGGGCGAGAAGGUCAUGCCGCCAGAGCGGAGGGAGAAGAUGCACCAGGCCGGCGAGCGGCUGAAGCAGUCCGGCGAGCGGCUCAAGACCAACAUCGCCAAGAAGGCUCCGAGCAAGGAGGCGUUCCGCAUCAAGCUGAAGAAGGAGAGGGCCGUCGCCGAGGGCCAGGAGGGCGCCGAGGCCGAGCCCGGCACCCAGGCCGAGGAGGAGAAACCAGCAGGAGGCGUAACCGCGGAAACCAAGAGGGAGGGGCCGGUGGAGGAGGCCGGAGCGACUCGAGUAACAGAAUAAGACAACAGGAAGUGAUCGAGGCGGGAUCACAUCUGUCCGUCAACAUCGACGACGGAUUAUUGGUCUCAAUAUAAAAAUAAAUUAUAGUUCUUCAUUUUUAAAUAUCCAGUUAUUUACAACAUCUGGUCAACAACACGAUGAGCAAAGUUCAGGUUUAAUCGAAGCGUGUCGAACGAGAGAGUCCGGAUGGUGAGAGGAUCAGAGUCCAGAAAGGGUCAAAGGUCAGGGAGAGAAGGAGAUCUGAAUGUUGACGUUUGUUUCUCUGCGUGAACGGAGAACUUCCAACUGUGUCGGGUCUGAAGACGUGUCGGGUCUGAAGACGUGUCGGGUCUGAAGACGUGUCGGGUCUGAAGACGUGUCCUCGGCGGGUCUGUCGGCGAACAGCGAGCACAGAGACCGACGCUCUAAACGUUAAACACGCGUCGCUCCAGCUGUUUGUUCGUGUUUACAACAUGUUACAGAUUCUGUGUGAGGCGACGCUGGACGGUCCAGAACCUGAAGCUCCGCGUGAUGAAACAGCAGCUGGACGGUCCAGUUUGAGGAGCAGGGUUAGGGUUAGGAGGAGCAGCUUCAGAGCGUUGAGCUUCACUUCCUGUAGGAACGUUUUUAUCUGCGGUCAUGGUUUUUUUGGGGGUUUUUUUUGGGGGGGGGGUGAUUUCUGACGUCACUGCUUUAAAUAAAACGUUACAUUUUCUGCUCCUCACUCUUCACAACAAUCCAUCAUUAGCUUUUAAAGAGCGGUCAGCGCAGUGUGUUAUUCUGAAAGUCCACUUCCUGUACUGGAGCUCGUUGCUGCAGGAGGUGAAACUUAUUUAGACGCAUUUAUUCUG